AUUUAGAGACUGUAAUUCCCUCUCUGGCCGAGGAUGGCAGCACCUUUUGCAGAAGGGCCACAGUUUCCAGCUCUACUUGAAUUGGUGCAGAAGAAGAAUCAGACCGGAAACUAAACAGUGGCGGAGCAGCGCGCGGAAGAAGCUUUUGAUUUGUGAAAGUAAACAAACGCCUGCAGGCUCAUGGACUCUCCACCCGAGCCUCUCACCUGGUUACCCUUGGUUACAGCAGGGAUGGCUCUGAUUGGACAGACACUGCAUUGACUGCUCUGCCUCCAGGUCACCAUCAACAGGAGGAUGUCUCACUCCUCUGACGGAGGUGGCCAGAAGAGGGCGGAGUCAUCCAGCAGGAUGUGGGCGGAGUCCGAGCCGGGUCCUUCCAGGUGCCAGCCGAGCAGACAGGGUUACUGUGGUUACUGCAGAGUCCUGUACAGCAACCUGGAGCAGCACCUGUCCAGUCUCAGACACCUGGACUCGGUCAGGACGUCUUCCAGAUGCUCCGCCGCCACCAGCUGCAGUAAGCUGACACUGCUGGAGCGCUUCCUGCAGGACGUCCUGCAGCACCACCCGCACCGCUACAGCGACCCCAGGCCGUCUCAUGCUGACCUCCCGUCUAUCUCCGCCCCCCCGCUACCAAGGGCGGAGCUUGAUGAACUACUUUUCUCUGAUAACGACAUCUGGUCGCUGGGUAACAGAGAACAACUGCCGAGCUCGGACGACACAUCGUAUCAGCCGACCAAUCAGCAGGACGACAACAGCAUCCACAGCCAAUCAGAAGAUAGAGGGGUAUUCCAGGACAGGCUGUCUGCACCAAUCAGCGAUCGUGGGGACAAAGGGGCCACCUCCACAGGGCACACACACACACAAGCUCCACCCCCACCAGCACAAACCCCUCCCCCACACCCGCAGGCAUCGCCCUCCAUCCACAGGAAAGCUCACAGGAAAACGGACAGGAGGAAAACCAGCAUCGACUCCUCAACCCCCUCCAGGGGCCCCGGGCCCCCGCCACAUACACACCUUAGCCAAGGACCAGGGGCUGCACCGGGGCCACGUCCCCCCAAAGACCUGGGGCCCUGGCGAAACUGGCAGAGAGACAGGAGGGCGGGGUUUAAAGACAGGGCGUUCUCGGACCCCAGCAACACUCUGGACCAAACCAUCGAGGAGGUGAUCCAGAUGUGCUGUCAUGGCAUCACUUCCACUUCCAGCCAGCAGGAGGAGACAGAAAGCUUCCACUUCAGCCUUCCUGUCUCCAUGGAAACACAGAGUGAUGACUGGGACUCACCUGUGCAGGUGUCGUUGCGGCCGUCGCUCGCACCUGUACAGGUGAGUCCGGCAGAGGGGCGGGACCUGGGUCAGCUGAUGGACGUCCAGGUGCGGCUUGAUGAUCAAGUGUACUCACACCAGCUCGACUCCGCCCUCCACAGUAAAGCAGGGGGCGGGGCCACACAGGAACAGGGGUUCUGGACUCUGCCCAUCGAAGAGAUCUUGCCCGCCCCCGCGUUUAUCCCAGAAUCCUUCCGGGGGAAGACCUGGGCCCAGAUCGAGCAGGAGGACGAGGAGAAGGUGGAGAGACUGGUCGGUCAGUUCAGACGAGGACGAUUCAUUUGUUACUUCGACAGCGAGUCUCUGGCCAGGUGA